AUGGUCGUGUGCUACUCAUUUGUAUUCGUCGCCGUCGUCCACUGCCUGGUCGAUAUCCGGUUGCACUUUAUCGAUUCGCAGGCAUACAAGCACGAGGCGCUCGGCUUCCUGGCGCCCGUGUCGGUGGCGCUGGUCGAGAACCGCCAGGUGUUCGACGACCCUUCGUCCUCCUCCACGCCGCUCGGGCGCGACCAAGGGGACGAGCGCGACAAGCGCUGGGGUCACGUGGCCGUUGUCUUCGAGAAGACGUCGCUGAUCGUGUACCCAGCCGCCUUCGUGCUGUUCAACAUCUGCUACUGGGCCUACUACCUGAACGCGGCGCGGCCGCCGCAUCUCCUGGCGGCCGAAAUGGCGGCCGGCUUCACACCGCGGCCGAGUGUCGGUCGUCUCACGACGCACGGCAACCACUGAGCUCCGCGCGCCGCGGGCGCGCUCGAGCUUAGCUCGCACACUGCUGUAGCGGCGAGCGCGUGCUGAGCUCACACGCUGUGCUGUAGCGGCGGGCGCAUGCUGAGCUCACACGCUGAGCUGCAACG